AGUACAUCUCAGCUUCCGACCUCAUUGUCGAGGGUUUUGAGUUUGACUGGGUCAGUCUCAGUUACUUUUGUGUUUUCCAACAAACGAACGAACGAGCAAGCAAUAAUGAGGGAGAUUGUGCAUUUACAGGCUGGACAGUGCGGCAACCAGAUUGGUGCCAAGUUUUGGGAAGUCAUUAGUGACGAGCAUGGAAUUGACCCAACAGGCAGUUACCAUGGCGACAGUGACCUUCAGCUGGACCGAAUUAAUGUGUAUUACAAUGAAGCAUCAGGUGGGAAAUACGUUCCACGUGCUGUGCUGGUGGAUUUGGAACCUGGAACAAUGGACUCUGUGAGGUCUGGUCCAUUUGGUCAAAUCUUCAGACCAGACAACUUUGUCUUUGGCCAGAGUGGUGCUGGAAACAAUUGGGCCAAGGGCCACUACACUGAAGGAGCUGAGCUGGUAGACUCAGUUUUGGAUGUGGUUCGCAAAGAGGCGGAGAGCUGUGACUGUCUGCAGGGCUUCCAGCUCACCCACUCCUUGGGUGGAGGCACAGGGUCUGGCAUGGGCACACUCCUCAUCAGCAAAAUCCGUGAGGAGUACCCUGACCGUAUCAUGACCACCUUCAGCGUGGUGCCCUCUCCCAAAGUCUCCGAUACAGUGGUAGAGCCCUACAAUGCCACGCUGUCUGUCCACCAGUUAGUGGAGAACACCGACGAGACAUUCUGCAUCGAUAACGAAGCCCUGUACGACAUCUGCUUCCGCACGCUGAAACUCACAACACCCACGUAUGGCGACCUCAACCACCUCGUCUCCGCCACCAUGAGUGGAGUCACAACCUGCUUGAGGUUCCCUGGCCAGUUGAAUGCCGAUCUCCGUAAAUUAGCAGUCAACAUGGUGCCCUUCCCCCGUCUGCACUUCUUCAUGCCUGGCUUCGCUCCAUUGACCAGCCGAGGCAGCCAGCAGUACCGUGCACUCACUGUCCCCGAGCUCACUCAGCAGAUGUUUGAUGCCAAGAACAUGAUGGCUGCCUGUGACCCACGUCAUGGCCGCUACCUGACGGUUGCCGCCAUUUUCCGUGGCCGCAUGUCCAUGAAGGAGGUGGACGAACAGAUGCUCAACAUUCAGAACAAGAACAGCAGCUAUUUCGUUGAAUGGAUCCCCAACAACGUCAAGACCGCUGUCUGCGACAUUCCACCCCGUGGCCUCAAGAUGGCCGCCACCUUCAUCGGCAACAGCACAGCCAUCCAGGAGCUGUUCAAGCGAAUUUCAGAGCAGUUCACGGCCAUGUUCAGGCGCAAAGCUUUCCUGCAUUGGUACACUGGAGAGGGCAUGGAUGAGAUGGAGUUCACUGAGGCAGAGAGCAACAUGAAUGACCUGGUGUCCGAGUACCAGCAGUACCAGGAUGCAACUGCUGAAGAGGAAGGCGAGUUUGAAGAGGAGGGUGAAGAGGAACUUGCUUAAAUUACCUGUAAUGUUUGUGUUAUAUGUGUUUUUCCUUUUCGAAACUUUCCUUUUUCUUAUUGCAUUUCCUGUCACCUACAACCUUCAGUUGUACUGCUAAUAAAAUGAAUAAAAUCA